UAUUAUUAUAUAUAUAUAUAUAUAUAUAUAUAUAUAUAUAUAUAUAUAUAUAUAUAUAUAUAUAUAUAUAUAUAUAUAUAUAUAUAUAUAUAUGGUUACAAUACGAUAUUGUAUAAAAGUAGGGGUAUACUACAUAAAUACUAUAUAAAAAUAUACUGUAUCAAUACUAAAUACUAUAUAAAAGUAGGGUUACAAUACGAUUGUCAUUUCUUUCAUAAACCAAAUGGAGCAAUGUUUCAUCUGAUCAGUAUUAUAUGCAAUCAAUGUCAAGUGUCGUUGUCAAGCCCUCAGUGUCGUUCUUGA